AUGGACCCCGGUACCCUCGCCGCCAUUACCGGGGGGCUGUUCGCUCUCCUGAGCAAAUUCAAUAACGCGCUCGAGGGGUAUCUAGAGCAGCUGAAAAAGAAGCAGCAGGCCAAACAGAUCCUGAUGUCGCUCAAGGAGGAGUGCGACAUCACACAGGUGAUAGCCUCCAACAUCAAAGACGCCAUCGAUAAGGUCUCCGGCCAGGGUUCCAGCGCUCAGAAUAAACUAGUCAACGCAAUCAGGCUCAUGGCCCGGGAGCUUGGAGCGCUCGUCAAAAAGCUUACCACGACCAUCGAAGACAUCUUCAAGCUCGGAGAUAUCGGCAAGAUUGGAAAUGCGCUCGUACAAAGCGAGUCACUGUGCUUGGCUGAGCACGGGCCACAAUUACAUCCCAAUGUCAUUGUGGCCCGUGCGCGGGUCAGCGGCCUUGUGGGCCUUGGCGUGUUCCAGGCACCACUCCGUGACACAGGGCAUCGCAUCAGCGAUAUAUAG